CUGGUAUACUGUUUGGAAGGCAUUCAUGAGAGAGAAUUACACAUGGAAAACAUACUAGUACUGUUGGUGUAUUCUCACUUAGUGUGUUGCAGGAAAGAUCUCCCUCUGACUGCUGAUCUUGUUUCCAUGGAAACGACACCAUAACGCUGUGGCUAACUCACUCAGUGACGUUCACUUGUCCCCAGCCCAAACUGUUAAACGGAGAGCAGGAUGUCGGAGGGAGAGGAGGCCGGGGUGCUGUCGGAGGGAGAGGAGGCCGCGGCGAUGUCGGAGGGAGAGGAGGCCGGGGUGCUGUCGGAGGGAGAGGAGGCCGCGAAUGAGGAUGGACAGGAGGAAAAUAUGUCCGAAAAAGAGGACCAGAUCGAGCCAUGCCCUCUGACCAAGGAGAUUCUGAUCCCCGGUUUGUCUCUUUUGUGUCGCACCGGGAACGGCCUGGCACACGCCUUCGUUAAGCUCCAACUGGAAAACAGACGUCUGACAGACAUGGCCCUGGUCAGCUCAUUUGUCCACCUGCGUUUCCUGGACGUGUCAUCCAACCACCUCUCUGACCUUUCACCCCUGGCUGCCCUCACACAGCUGCUGUGGCUGAAGGGCGAUGGUAACAUGGUGGCCGGGUUCAGAGGUCAGCCCCUGGGUCAGCUGACAUACCUACAGUGGCUGAGUCUGGCCCUGAACCGCCUCAAAGACCUGGAAGGCCUAGAAGGCCUCGGCCUAGAGAGCCUCAACCUCAUUGGUAACGGUAUCCAGAGGGUGUCGGGGUUACGGUACCAUCACCUGAUCAACCUGGUGACUCUGGAACUGAGAGGAAACAAACUGGAGACCACCGACGGGAUAUAUCUGCCCAACCUCCGACGCCUCUACCUGGCCCAGAAUACUAUCAAGCGCCUGGAGGGUCUGGGUAAGCUGGAGCGUCUGACCACCCUGCACCUACGAGACAACCAACUGGAGACUCUAGAUGGCAUCAGUCCCAACAUGAAGUCCCUGCAGUACCUCAACAUCAGGGGUAACCUGGUGUCUGCCCAGCGUGCCUUGCGUAGUCUGGUGGGCGUAUCCAGGACAUUGCGAGCGCUGGUCCUAGCGGAGAACCCUCUCGUGGAGACGGAGGACUACCGUCUGUGUGUCCUGAGCCGCCUGCCGUUGCUGGAGCGCCUCGACAAGGAACCCAUCUCUCCUGAGGAGAAGUCUGAGGCCCAGGAGAAACUCAGGGAGUUUAAUGAUGAGGUGUCUGUUGGGGCAGAGGAAUACUAACUCACCAUCACCCAGUGACUCCUCUCCCAGUUAAUCCUCUCCCAGUGACUCCUCUCCCAGUCACUCCUCUCCCAGUGACUCCUCUCCCAGUGACUCCUCUCCCAGUCACUCCUCUCCCAGUGACUCCUCUCCCAGUCACUCCUCUCCCAGUCACUCCUCUCC